AUGAUGACGCCACCUGAUUCUGACGAUAAAGUGAUCAAGAUGGAACACAAUACGUCGGUUUUACAGUUUGCACAAGCGUCCGACGCUUUUUUGAUCCUAGAAGCUCGCAUUGAUACUGAAGGAUUUACUACGGAAAUAGUAAAACAACUUGGGAAAAUUGUAAACUCUUAUGUCGAUACAGAAAACCCAGCAGUAACGGAUGACUGGGCAUUUGCAGUGACAAAAUUAUCCUACAAAGAGCUAUUUGAACCAAACGUCAAGUCAACACGGGAGCAGGGUUUUAUUGAUGCUGUCUAUAAUCUUAAUGUUGCAGCUGAUGCAGGUGUACAAUCAGCAUAUGGUGUUUUAGCCAUGUUGGAUCUCAUUGGUAUUCCUGAACCUGAGGAAAUGGAGGAUUCGAAUGUUCAUUUAUUAUCACGGCAGGAAAAACUCACUCGUGCUAAUGAAAAGCUAUUAAGCUUGUAUGGAAUACAGGACGUUAUGGCUACUUUAGCUAUUGCGUACGGGACUUUAUCUGGAAGAAUAUCGAUGCCAAUGGAAACCUAUGACAAGGACGCUUUUACUGACAUGGACGCGGUUUGUGAAAACACAGUGUCGAUGUAUCACAUGUGUGCAAAAAAAAACGUCGAUACCAUUGCUGAUGAAGGUGAUGAGCGAUUUGUAAAGGUCGUACGUCUAUCGAAUGAACUCUUGGACUCUACAGGAAGUGUUUUUUUUGACGAAUUCUUUGCUGAAGCAGUUGAUCCGCUUCUCGACGAGAAUGACGCACUUUACAGGCUAGAGUAUUACCGCAGCAUUGCGGAGAAUCCCAUGGAUGAGCAAUAUGCUCAAGCGAUGCAUGGUCUUGGUGAAAUGUAUUAUUUUGGCGACCGUGCAGCUCACGUGGCUGUAGAUCGUGAACUCGCCGCACGAUACUUUCGCCAAGCAGCGGAUGCCGGUGAUGCUCUGGCUCAGGCCAAUUAUGGCAUUCUUCUCGCUGAUGGGAUAGGAGUGAACCGAGAUGUAUCACAAGCACUUGUGUAUUUCAACCGCGCAGCUCAGCAAAACCAGGCGUUUGCAUUUUAUUGUCUUGGCAAAAUGUAUUUUACAGGAACUGGUGUGCCUCAAAACGUGACAAGAGCACUUGAAUGUUUCAAUGAGGCUAUUGCAUUGGGUUAUGCUGAAACCCAUUCGUUUCUAGGAUCCGUGUAUUUAAACGGCGACGAAGGUGUACCGGUUGAUCACGAAGCAGCCUUCUUUCAUUUUCAAGCGGCUGUAGAUGGCACGGACGGUCCAUCGAGCCAGGCGUUACUCGAUUUGGGUGUCGUGCACUUUCGGGGCAUUAAUACACCGCGGUCUUGUCCUACUGCCUUGUCACUGUUCCGAUCGGUAGCACUGCAUCCAAAUUUGCUUUCGAGGCUUCCGUUUUCGCUGGUCAAAGGGUAUGAAUGCUACAAAAAGGGUGAUUAUCUGCGUGCAUAUUUGAACUACCGACUAGUUGCAGAGCUAGGGGAUGAAGUUGCACAAUGCAAUGCUGCUUUCCUGUUAGAGCAUCACGGCGAUAGCAUUCUUAAGUGGAAGUGGCUGGGACUUACAAAUUCAGUUGAAGACUCAAGCAAGUUGGCAUUGCGUGAAGCCUUUACGUUGUAUUCGCGAGCGGCGGCUUUGAACGACUCGGAAGCUGUUCGGAAGACUGGCGCGUGCUACCAUGAGCCUUGGGCCGGUGUGUGCCCUAGUAAUCACACACGCGCACUAGAGCGCUACCGUUUUGCAGCUGAACUAGGUGACCUAGAGGCUGGUUUCAAUUGCGGUGUGAUGUUUUUGACAGGAGACGGCGUUCCGCAAGAUUUCGUAGCAGCUCGAAACUGCUAUGCAAAGUGCAGUGAAGCUGUGUUCCCUGCAAAUGUGCCGUGCGCACUUGCGCUCGUAGGGCUAGAUAUUUUGGAGGCUAUUGGAGCGGUUGUGGUGAAGAUGCUUGAAUUUGUAUUAUAA